UAUACGUGUUGUUUAUAAUUCAACUCACCUAAAACUAGUGUAAUUUUAUUUUAAUUUCUUUUUCUUGGAAAUUUAAUCUCUCGUUUGCUUAGGUAACUUUGUUAUUAUUACAAUAAAAGAUAAUGUCUGUGAAGUUGGCAGUGCAACUUCAAAGUAUUGUUAUAGAACCUAUUCCAAACGUUUGUGCUUCGUUUGUGCACGUUUGUGCACGCAAUAUUGAAGUUUUUGUUCGAUGUAUUCGGGUAUUCCCCAUCAAUAAAGAAUUGUCAUAAGCACUGGUAACUUCAUACAAGCAGUGAAACUUGUUUAGAAGUAUUGUAUAACAAAGGAAUGUUGUAAUAAAACUUAUUGUAUAGAACACUCUGUUACAAAAACUGGACCAAGUCCUCUACUGCAAUGGAGGCAGACAUAAUAGUUGAAGGCUUUAGGAAAAGUAUUGAGAUGUACAACUUGAAAUAUGUCAAUGUAAUAGGCGAUGGUGACAGCAGUGUAAUGUCAAAGCUAACUGAGUGUCAGCCGUAUGGUCCCAGGACAACAAUAGGAAAAAUAGAGUGUACCAACCAUCUGCUCCGAAAUUACAUUCGUAAAAUACGAGAUAUCGGCGGGCAGAAAAGAAACCACUUAGGUCCGGUUCCAGGAGAACUAAGGGACAAGAUUCUCAGCCGUUUGAUGAGACUUCGGCAUGCUGUGACUGGAGCAGUCAAACAUCAUAAAAGUAAUUCUUCAUACCAACUCAUUCAUGAUACGUUAAAACAGUUAAAGACUGAUAUUAUGAAUGGUCCAAACCACGUAUUCGGAGACCAUUCUAAGUGCCAACCCUAUUUUUGUAAGCGGUCGAAAAACAGAGAAGAAAAUUAUGUAGAAUUACUUAAAUCCUACGGAGUUUGGCAAGACAUUAUGGCAGCCAAUACAUUCCUAGCCAACUUCACUUAUAGCCUGCUACAGUGCGUCACAUCAAACAUUGCAGAAAGCUACAAUGCUAAAGUGUGUAAACUGGUUGGGGGAAAGAGAGUGAAUUUGGUGCAAAGGAACAGUUACACUGCAAGAAGUGAAUUGUCCGCGUUAUCCACUAAUGACAAUGAAGAAGUACAUCGCCGUAUUUAUAAAAAGUUGGCGUCAGGUCAUAGUCCUGGAAUUCAUUCGAAAACGUUGGCGCACCGGAGAUGUAGGAGGAGGACUAGGACAAGAAAAUCACUUUUUCGUGAAGAGAGGACGAAGAAAUUUCGUUCAUUUUGCGCUGACCAUGAUUAUGGCGAUGUUGCUGCUGUAGACAUUGAACCAGACGAGUUUGAACACAAGAAAGAUACUUUUUUGAAUUCACUCAAACUUGAUACCGAAACCCGGACCCAGUUAGAAUUAGACUCUCGUGGCCAGAGUACUUGCGAACUGUGGAAGCACGAGCGUAGAAAGAGACUAACGGCAUCAAAUUUUGGGAAAAUAUGCAGGAUGAAGUCAACUACACCGUGCCAAAAAACAGUGGAACAACUCCUAUACAAAUCGUUCGUUGGAAACAAAGCCACGAGAUACGGUGUGGAGAAUGAGCGAAACGCCAUAGAUGAACUGGAAAACCUCAUAGGAGCCAAAGUGGAAGAGUGCGGACUCUUCGUAGAUCCAGUUCAUCCAUUUUUAGCUGCUUCACCUGAUGGCAUUAUAGACGGCAAGGGAUUAGUUGAGGUUAAAUGUCCGGCUGCAGCAAAAAAUUUAACUCCAGCAGAUGCUGUACGAAGAAAAAUUAUAAAAUUUUGCAAGCUGGAUGAGUGUGGCGAAUUAAAGUUAAAAGUGACUCACUCUUAUUAUUAUCAAGUACAAGGACAACUCCAUGUAACAGGAAAACAAUUCUGUUUAUUUACAGUAUGGACACCUCACGGAGUAUCAGUGGAAAAAAUUUUGAAAAAUGAUGAGUUCUGGCUUAAACAUAUGAAAAUUCCACUUUUAACUUUUUACCACAAAUGCAUAUUGCCAGAACUAGUUGACCCAAGAUACCCUCGAGGGCUUCCUGUGAGAGACAGACUAGAUGUUUUGUAACUAAAAUUUUAUGUUAGUAUAAUGCAAUAUACGUGACGAGAGCAGGUGAUCCUAGUAAUUCAUUUAAUUAAAAAAAUCUUUAAAAGUCUUAAAAUUCUUAUGUGAUCUGAUAAUUCUAAAAAAAAUGAAAGAAUGAUUAUAUAAACAAGAAAAU